GGCGGGGGAAGAGAGAGGGUUUGGGGUGAGCCGCCAUUCCCCGGACCAGUAUUCAGACGCACAGGGAGAGGAGGUAGCGGAACCUUUGUCCUCCGCCUCACUCUCGCUUCCACCCGGACUCAGUUGGCGUCGGACGCAAUUGCGGAGGCCUAGAAACAUGGAGGCGGCGGGUGCUGGGGCUGGGCAGCCGUCCUCUCGUCUGGAGGCUCCGGAAUCUACAGACGAUCGGCUUUUCCUGAUUAAAGGUGGAGUGUUCCUUGGUACUGUUGCUGCAGCAGGAAUGGUAGCCGGAUUUGUUACAACAUUAUCAUUGGCUAAAAAGAAAAGCCCUGAAUGGUUCAAUAAGGGAAGUAUGGCCACGGCUGCCUUACCGGAGAGUGGGUCUAUCCUUGCCUUGCGAGCCUUGGGUUGGGGCUCACUUUAUGCGUGGUGUGGUGUUGGUGUGAUCAGCUUCACAGUCUGGAAAGCUUUAGGAGUACACAGUAUGAAAGACUUUCGAAGCAAAAUGCAAUCAAUAUUUCCAGCAAUCCCCAAGAACUCCGAAUCGACUCUUGAGUGGGAGGAAGCAUUGAAAUCCAAAUGAGAUAAGCAUGGUGAGGGAAGUCUAAAACGAUUAUUUUGGAAAGGGUGGCUUCAGAGAUGCCACAGAAGCAAAGGGGCCUCGAUUGAUUUAUCAUCAGGAACAUGUGCAUUGUUGACUGAAUUCAUGGGAUAGAAGGCGCUCAGUGUCCACAGAGGAGGCCGCCAGUCUGUGCGCUUUACUUUAAAAUUCACAUGGGCAUGCGUGUGCCUAAGGUUUUCCCAAAACUGGGAAGACUAUUUAAAAAUAAUCAUAUGGAUAACCUCUCUGUGGAGAAGAUCCCAGGAGAAGUACGUCUGUUUAUAACAGCUGAAGCCAAGUUUUGUACCUGAAAAAAAUGUAUAAUAACAUAUGAUGGAAAAUCUUUAUAGACAGACUCCUAACCACACUUAGUACCUCAAUGUGUCUAAUUAAAUGAGUUUCAACAGCG